AUGGAACAGUGUGCUCAGCCGUCAGGAGGCGGCAGAGGAAACUGGAAAAACUUCGCUAGCACUCAAGCUGAGGAGGAUGCAUAUGAUUACGUUAAAUUCAGGGUCAAUCCCAAGCCAACUGGGUUCGUGGGCUCUGUCGCCCAUGCGAUCAAGGGCGCCUUGGGCGGCGGUAUCCUCGGCGGACACGUUGCCUUCAUGAAGGCGGGCUUGAUAGCGGCACCUUGCGUCUUCCUGUUCGGAGUGUAUAUGACAUACUGCUUAUAUAUGCUAGUGACAUCAGCACAAAUUCUGUUCAGAAGAACUCGGGUGUCUUCGAUGUCUUACCCAGAUGUCGGCGAAGCAGCGAUGGCUUGCUUCCCAAAUCCUAGUGUUGCAAAAUGGGCAACGGCUUUUAGGUAUUCUAUGGAUGCUAUAAUAUGUAUAGACCUGUUUGGCGCUUGUGCUUGUUACCAACUUAUAAUUGCUAAAUCUAUAAAGCAACUUGUUGAGAACACGCAACACCCGACAAUGGAAGGAUUAGGACCAGUUUUAUGCGUGCUGGUGACUAUCUAUUAUGCGAUGCAGUUCAACCCUUCUAUGUCUGGUCUUAAGGUUACAACCACGGCGUACAGUUACUUCGAGUUUAUUGGCAUGUCUGUGUUUAGUAUGUCCUGUGUGGGAGUCGUACUGCCCAUCGAAAAUAAUAUGGGCAACCCUAAGAAUUUUCCAAAAGUUCUUGUCACUGGUAAGAUAAUAAGGAUAGAUUUAAAAUUUGUUGUUUUAAGACUGUGCAAUAUCUAAUUUGGUGGUUACAAAUGGUUCUGGAUCUCAGAUUCUGGAAAAGUUAGGAGCCGGAUAUUUGAGUAAAUGAUAUUUUAAAGUGUUAGCUUCGUUAUGACUAUACAAAAUAUACAAUUUGUAAAACUUUUCUCGAUAGUUUAUUUUUUUGAAAAAUACAUGUGUUGCUCACAUUUUGCUUUCAAUCUCAGGAAAAGCAGACUUCUUAAAUUUUUGUUUUGUAUAGAAAAUUAGGUAUAUAUCUUGAACAUGGCCAUUUUGUUUUUCGUUAUGUUGUUUAAUUUACUUGCAAUUAGGUAAAAAUGGUUUUGGCGCUCACGUUAUAAAAUUUGCGUCGCGCGUCAAUCGCUCCGUGCUUUUCACUCACGUGAAAGUCAUAUUUCGGCGUCUCGUUUGCGCUUCGAAUUUUAUCCAUAUCGUAAAGACGCGCUGCGCGCUCUUAAGCUUAAAACUCACUAUUACGCCUGAGACACGUAACGGAUACAAUAUAUCACCCCGCUGUUGACUGACGGUUUGCCUUUACCCCGCCAGCCUCUCGCCAGCAACGUUUUACGUCACUUCGUAACAUGUCCGAGAGGUGGUGGACAUUUUAGAGCAGCAGAUUUUGCAAUCAUCUCAUAUUGUGUUUACCACGAAAUAACAUAAUUAUGGUCAUUUUACGUAAAGUGGCAUUAAUAUAGUAGUGGUAGUAGCAAGUAUUGACGUAAUUUUAUUGAAAUAAUCACGUUAAAUGAUAUACAUAAAAUCACUGCCAUUUGAUGUUACAUAGCGUAGUUAGGUCAUUUUGUAGAAAUAACUAUUUUAAGUGAUCGCAAAGCCGAAGGACAAAAACGAUGAAGUGAUUUAUUAUUUGAAUGGUAAACCUAGCUACAUAAUAGGGCUACAGGCUCAGACUAAUUAGAUAAAGACCUGCCUCGCAAGACAUUAUUUUUCUGUCAACGCAUAUGAUCAACGAUCUUAUGCGAUUAUAAACACUGUCUCUAAAGAAUCGAUGUUUCAUAAUUUACAAUCGUGUCCGUCGGUUAAAAACCUCCGUAAAAAUACCUUUUUGUGUAGUUAUAUGGUGUAAAAAACGAACAAAAACUGCUAGUUUAGUAUAAAAUAUGUAUACAAUCUAAGCUAGUUUUCCUUAGAAAAUGGCAGAAAAUUUUGUUCGUGAAUUUGGGUGCGAUACUAGUCCUUAUGUAUUUAGUAUUGACUAGUAACUAGCAGUAGCUGUCAUUUUCUUCUUUUUUUUUUCAUUUAUUGUCAUGAUAAAUAACAAUAUACUCGUACGUUAUUACAUACCAUCACACCUCAUUUCUAUCAAAGACCACAUUCUUUUGAUUGAUAUGGUUAUUAUCUUUGGACAUUUU